UAGAAUUGUCCGUCUACCUCAACUAUUGUUUCGUGACGGUAUUUUACAAAUAAAAGUAGAUUUUUACAGCAUUAGAUCUGUAUAAAUAUAAAUGUUGAUCUCAGUCAUCAAAGUGAAUGCAACGAUGUACGAGAGUAGAAUCAAAUAAUACGUAUACUGACUUGUGCCGGAGAUGCAUUACAUCAAUAAGUGGUUUAUUAAAAUCCGCUAAAUUCUUUGACCAUUAAUGUCAUUAUAUUCGUUCAGCGUAAGAAUGAAUCUUUAUUGGUAAUACUAUUUGAAAACUCAAUAAAGACGGCGAUAUUUAGUUUUUCAUCAUAAGCGGGAUGGGCUUUUCUACGAGUUUACAAGGACAGUCAUCGCACGAGGCGUUACUCGCCCGUCAAGAUGCUGAGAUCAAGCUUCUUGAAACGAUGAGACGAUGUCUGACGAUUAAAGUUAAAUCAGACCGCGAAUAUGCGACGACGAUUACCUCUUUAACGAUGCAAGGGAAAAAAAUUGAACGCAACGAAGAUCUCGUUGGUAGUCUUAUAGCACAGAGUUGGAGAGAUAUUAUGGACUCUAUUGAUCAGACUGCUAAAUUAAUCAAGCAACAAGCAGAUACUAUCGAAGCAAUAGUAGUUGAACAUAUUGCAACGUUAUAUUCUGAAAGGAGACGCGCCAGGAAACUGUAUCAAGAAGAACAGACAUGGUUAAAUAAUCAGUUUCAGCAAUUGACCGAAGAUGUUGCCAGGAAGAAAUUAGAAUAUCAGAAGAAUUUAGAGGUGUAUAAACUGAUGAGAUCCCGUUUUGAGGAACAUUAUGUUAAAUCUGGGAGAGUUGGAAGAAAGCUGGAUGAUGUAAGAGAAAAGUAUCAGAAAGCCUGUAGAAAGCUUCACCUCACGCAUAACGAGUACGUGUUACUUUUGGGUGCUGUAACAGAAUGUGAACACGAUUUAAGAACUUGUUAUUUACCUAGCUUACUUAACCGACAGCAGGCAAUUCAUCAAGAAUUUGUUACAUCAUGGAAAGCCAUACUUCAGGACAUAGUGAAAUAUUCUGAUUUUACAACAGACAAGUUUCAAGAGAUACAUUUACGGAUGCAAAAAGCCGUAGAUUCUGUGAAACCUGUAGAAGAGUACAAGGAUUUUAUAGGAAAACAUAGAACGCGACCGACGUCUCCGAUAAGAUUUACAUUCGACGAGAACCUUGUGGACGAUACUUCAGGAAAAUUGUUACCAAAUAAAUUGACGGUAGAUAAUUUGACGAUAGAUUGGUUGAGAAAUCGGUUGACUGAAUUGGAAGCUUCGCUAAAAACGGCUCAACAAAGCCGACAAAAUGCUCAGUAUCCAUCAGAGAACAAUAGCGAUUCCAAAAUAUCAAUCUUGGAUUACUCUCGCGAGAGAGAAGAGUUACGAUUGCGUUGUCAAGAAAAAAAACUACAGCGGCAAGUGGACGUAAUUAGAGGUGCUUUAAAUGAGUUAGGUUGCGAAGAAUUACCACCGGGAUAUGAUAUUUCUAUGGAGAGUUCUUUCACGGAUUCGCCUGCUAUUACUAAGAAAAAUACAGUUGCAGAUAUUGGUCUGUUUACGUUACGAAGGAAUCAACGAUUUAUGACAAUAUUUAGGUCUCCCUUCAAAUCUUUACCGAUAAUAAACGACACAAAAGAUGGAACAGUUAGAUCGAGUAGUGAAGGUCCCACUUCAAAAGCAGAUAAUACUCUACCAGUUGUACCAUUUCGUGGAAUAUCGCAUUUAACUACUAAUCAAAAAGGAGGUGGAAACGGCGAUCUUAUGGAGGAAGAGUGGUUUCAUGGUGUCUUGCCAAGAGAAGAAGUAGUAAGAUUACUUGUAACCGAUGGAGACUUUUUAGUACGCGAAACAACGAGAAACGACGAGUGCCAAAUAGUUUUAUCAGUUUGUUGGGAUGGGCAUAAACAUUUUAUCGUUCAAACGACACCUGAAGGACAUUAUAGAUUCGAAGGUCCUACCUUUCCGUCGAUUCAAGAAUUAAUAAAACAUCAGUGGUUAUCCGGAUUACCUGUAACUAGCCGAUCAGGAGCUAUUCUUAAAACACCAAUUUUACGUGAACGUUGGGAACUUAAUAACGACGAUGUAAUCCUUCUAGAGAAAAUCGGACGGGGCAACUUUGGAGAUGUAUAUAAAGCGCAACUUAAAACUUGUAAGACUGAAGUAGCUGUAAAAACUUGCAAAGUAACAUUACCAGACGAACAAAAACGCAAGUUCUUGCAAGAAGGACGAAUACUGAAGCAAUACGAUCAUCCGAAUAUAGUUAAACUAAUCGGAAUUUGUGUUCAAAAACAACCUAUCAUGAUUGUUAUGGAAUUGGUACCCGGUGGUUCCUUAUUAACUUAUUUAAGAAAAAAUGCUAAUACCAUCACGCAACAAGAACAACUACGAAUGUGCAAAGAUGCUGCUGCAGGUAUGCGCUAUUUGGAAUCUAAAUAUUGUAUUCACAGAGACUUAGCAGCCCGAAAUUGUCUCGUAGGGUACGAAUCUAUAGUAAAAAUAUCAGACUUUGGAAUGUCCAGAGAAGAAGAAGAAUAUAUCGUUUCAGAUGGUAUGAAACAGAUCCCGAUUAAAUGGACUGCACCGGAAGCAUUAAAUUUCGGUAAAUAUACAUCGCUCUGUGAUGUUUGGAGUUACGGAGUCUUAAUGUGGGAGAUAUUUUCUAAAGGUGGAAGCCCUUACAGUGGAAUGUCUAAUUCUCAAGCUCGUGAAAAGAUAGAUGCAGGUUACAGAAUGCCAGCUCCUGAAAAUACACCCGAUGAAAUAUAUCGUUUAAUGUUACGAUGCUGGGAAUACGAGCCAGAAAAACGUCCACAUUUCGAUCAGAUUUAUACUGUUGUUGAGACGUUGUCCCAAGCGUAUUUAUAAAGAAUAAACUUCAGUCGGUAUUAAUCUGUAUGAUGAAUAAUAUUUCUUUUACACCGUUUAUUACAGUUAUAGAUCAUUUUAUCAAAUUAUAUAUAACAGCUCGCAAAGAGCUGUAACAACCGACGCUUAGUACCAAAACAUACGUACGUGAUACAUCUAUGAUUUACGAUGAAAAUCUCAAGUAUUGUAUACAUUUGAUUUUUAAAGAAAAUAAAAAUAGAAAACAGAAGAUGUAAAUUUCAUCUAGCAGUGACAUGUUCGUCAUAGGUAAUUUCAGAACGAAAUUUUAACAUCUAAUGAAGUAGCGUAAUCGUGUUUAAACAAGUAGGAACAUGAAGCUUGGGUUAUUUUAUUUUACACGUGUGUAAUUUUUUUUUUACCAUUUUAAGAUAAAGUAAUAGCGUAUUAUAACGUACAGAUUUUCGCAGUAAAUCAUAGAUAUAUUUUUCGUUUCUGCUGUGUUUAUACAUAUAUUAUUGUGAAAAAAAUUAUGUGAAUAUGUAUUAUUGCGUACUAUGACACUGUAUCGUAUUUUAUUCUUCGCAUUUUGUUUGUUUUUUAUUAGUAAUCUUGCGUCCAAAUUUUUUAAACUGUUCGUCCGUCCAAAUCAUAAUCCAGUUUUACUUGUUACAAACGCAGUAUUAUAAUUGACAAUUAAAAAAGAAACCGUAUAUUUUCAUUUCUUCAAUUGUUGGUAGUCAUUUGUUUUCAAACUCAAUUUGUUUAAUCUUUGUCCAGACCAGAGUUUAAUGAUACUGUUACAAAAAUGUUGAAGAAAACGUAAUGUAGAAAGAGUAAAACUAAUAACAUAAUAUUAAUUCAUGAUUACAUAUAUAUAUAUAUAUUCUGUUUAUUUUUAUACAAUUGCUUGUUCCGUUCUAUUGAACUACACUAUACGAAAAUGAAUCCGAAAAUUUUGUAUAUUUAUACAUGUACUAAGAUUUAAAAUUUCUAGAACGUAAUUUUCAUUAUACUUGUAUUAUGAACUUUUUGUUUUUAUUGAAAUUAAUGUUCAUUGUUGCUGUGCAAUAUGCAAUAUACGUUUAACUAUUAAAGUGCGUAUACUUUAUGUACAAUUGCAUUAAAUGAUAUGCAUAUACAUAGACAUGGUGAUAUACAUAUGUAUACAUACUGCGUGAGGCAUGCAAAUUAACUU